AUUUUUCAAAAUUAGUUGCAUUGACGCACACCAUGGCAACAGAAACCAGCAAGCCUCGCGAUCCCUUGUCCUCCUCCUCUACGACCACUAAGAAUCCUCUAGUUCUUCAUCUUCACGAAAAACUCUCAUCUUGCUAUACUUUGAUUGAAUGUGGAGAUGAGAAAUCAGUAGCAGAGCUGGUAGAUUUUAUAGAUUCAGUUUCCGACUCUGCUGUAUCGAAUCAUGAAGACAGUGAUGAACAGGGCAAUGCAGUUGAAGUUCUCUCCGAAACUCAUAAAUUUUUGCUUUCUCCGUCGCUAAAUCAGGCGGUUAUUGAUGCGUUAUCAUUUGAAUUACCGAAGGCAGUAUCGAAGUUUGCAGGAUUGUCUAAUGAGUGCUUGAGGAUUGCUGAUAGUAUUAUUGAUUUUUUCAUUGAAAACUGUAGUCCACGGGAUAUGCUUCCCAUUCUUUGUGAGGCAUUAGAUUCGUGGAAUGGGAUGGUUCAUGCAUAUGACUAUGUUGCUCCUCUUCUAAGUGGGAUCUCAAAAGUAUUGCUUGCCAUACAGAGGCGCCACUUUGAGCAAGUAAAAGUUGCAGUUCCUGUCAUCCUAAAUGUUCUGAAGGCUGUGUGUUCAGAGUUCAGUGCCAGGGAUACAGAAUGUAUGAAUUUGUUUAUCAGAGCCUUAGGAAUUGCUGAUUCUAUACGAGCGAUUUGUGCAAAAUUGGAGGGCAGAGUACUUGAAAAGCUUCGAGAUGUACUUAGUUCAUACAUUUUACAAAUCAUGGCUCUUCUUUCUCUUGUCUUAGGAUGUGAAAUUCCAAGAUGCCUUCCCCUGGUGUCACGGCUUUCAGAAUUCUUCCCUUUUUGUGGUUUAUCAUAUCUCGGUUUAAUAACUGGAUCUGAAGUUGAUGAAAUGACGCGCACUUUUGUUGCAGAAGAGGAGGAUGAUUAUAUGAGGUGUUUAUCCUACAUCAAACAUGGUGCAGCAAUUUCAGUGAUCUGGGGUCAUAUCUCUGUUAAUGUUGCUCGGGCUGCUGGGGGGGAUGUGUCAACUGUCAAGGAUGAAAUUCUAAGUAACCAAACUGAGAGGUGGCAAGCCAUAGGCAUGUUAAAGCACAUAUUCUCAUUUGUCGAUUUCCCCUGGGAAUUAAAGAAACAUGCCAUUGACUUCUUGCUUUGCAUUACUGAUGGAAAUAUCGCAAGAAACUGCAAUGACAAAGACACUGAGUGCUCUAUAUAUAUGCCUAAUCUCUAUGCUGCUUUGCAGGCUAUUACAAUGGUCAUCAUGUAUACACCAGAUGCCGUGCUAAGAAAGAAUGCCUUUGAAGCAUUGAAAAGGGUACUUGCUGAUAUUCCAACUUCUCAGAGGUUCGAAAUAUUUCAAGCUUUGAUUACAAAUAGCAUGUCUUCUCCUAUGACUGCACUUCUUUUAGAUCUUGUUAGAAGUGAUUUGUAUAAGGAAGGUUUCCAAAGAACAGCAACAGGGAAAGACGAAGAAAAGCAAGCAAAUAAAGCUGCACCACUAUGGGUUGCUCGUGCCCUUGAAUUGGUAGAGCUAGUUUUCAGGCCUCCAAAGGGAGGGCCUCCAUCCUUUCCUGAGCAUGGUGAUGCGGUUCUAGCUGCCCUCAACCUGUACAGAUUUAUUUUGAUGACAGAAUCAGCAGGGAAAACCAACUACACUGGAGUUCUCUCCAAGAAAAAUUUAGAGAAAGCAUUCAACGAAUGGCUCCUACCACUUCGAGCCCUUGUGACUGGCAUCAUGGCAGAGAACAAGGAUGAUCAUGAUCCAUUAGUAAUGGACACAGUAUGUUCUCUUAAUCCUAUUGAGCUUGUUCUAUAUCGUUGUAUAGAACUAGUAGAAGAUAAAUUAAAACAUCCAGCAUAAUCAACCUUCAGUAAAAAGGAAAUUCCCAUCUCACUUGAACUGUAGAAGGAUAGGUAAGAUGCUUAGGUGCCAGAUGUAUUUCAAUAGUUCUUCAACUUCCAGUCUGGGUAUAACACGAGAGUAACAUCACAGUGUUGGGAAUGGUUUUUGCAUGAAACACUUGAUUCCUUGUUUGGUUUUUGAAUUAUUUGUAUUAUUCACUACACAUUGCUUUUUUUUCGAAUCUCA